CCUUGCUGAGUGAUGGGUAUUCAUCGUAACAUUAUUUUCCAUAUCUCGAGCAUUGAAGGCCCAGACAUUGCUUUGAUCAACCAAUAUAAAAAUAAAACUAUUAUCCUCACUAAAAAUAUAAAUAUAUUAUUGUUUGUUGAGGCCUCCUAUGUGUCUGUCUCAUUUGAUGUGGAAUAUAGGUUUUCUGUGCUGUAAGGGGCCAGAAAAACGAUGAAUCAUGCUGCACUAUGUACAUUAAGUAGUAAAUAUUGCUUAUCUAUCUAUCCAUAUAUAUGUUUUUUGUUUUUUAUUUUUUUGUGUACUUUUCUUCAUUCCAUACGUUGCGUGUAUCAAAGAUGACUAUCUCAGAGAGAGAACUGAGCUUCUGUGUUUUUCUGUCCAGGUAAUUUUCAGUGAUAUUUUGACGAUAUUUUGGUGAUCACCUUUAUAAUUUUGAAGUGUAGAUCUAUCCUCUUGGAGUAUAGAUUUGCAAUUUUAAAACAUAGAUCUGGAUUUUUUAUGUCCAAAAAAGGGUUUUUGAGAGUUUCUCUCCCGAUUUCGGCAUUGAUUUUUGGAUAGCAGCGGCAGGGACGGCAUCCACGGAGACGGCGGACUUUGAGGCAGUUCUUACUUCCCAAAUUCCAUCCACGAGUACAUCGAAUCAUCCUUCAAUACCAAAUUUGCUGGUUCCUAUAUCAAGGCCAUGGGCAGUACCUCCCAACCAAGGCCACUUGACAACCACCACAAAGCUGCCGGCGCCACCACCACCAACAACCAUCACGUUGGAGCUCCUGUGCUUUCUAAGAUGAUUCGCCAAGACCUUAUCAUGAUGAAAGAGGCCAUGGCAGAGGUUCAGAAGAAGACUGACCAUAUUAAUGUGCAAAUCAACCAGGUCUGUGAGAGAUUUGAAGUGCUCGAAACAAGAGGAGGGAAUGAGACUCAGAGAGAGCUUGGCGAAUUGAAAAAUGACGUCAAGAAGUUGAAAUCCCAGAUCCCCUCAAAGCUUAUUAAAGUCAAUCCUGCUGAUUCCCAACCACGUCGAAAUCCAUGGCUUGACGGAUCCAUUAACCACAACAGCAACCAAGACAAUAUAAACAAGGCCUAUUACGAAAACAUGUUGCACAGUUUGCACAAGGACGCAAAGUUUGAUCACAUCGCCGCACUUCAACAAUGCAAGGUAUCUGUCCUUGGCCUCCCAUUAACAUUAAGGAAUUGCUUGUUGUGUUUCUUGAGAUUUCCAGAAAUGGCUAGUAUAAAGAAGUUUCUUAUUUACUGGUGGAUUGGAGAGGGAUUUUUACCCCCAAACCCAGAGGACCAAAAAACAAAAUCUGAAAUUGCGUUGGGGAAGACGGAAGAGGAUUUUGGCAAUGAGAUAUUGGGUGAGCUUAUUGCAAAGGACUUCAUCGAGCCUAUCUACAAAAAUUGCAGCUUGGUUACGAAUAGCUACAGAAUGCUGCCUUUCAUUCAUUCUGCUUUAACCAUUAUGGCCGAGAGGUUUGGGUUUAGUCCAGUUUAUACUCUGGGUUCAGAUACUCCGACUUUUGCUCAAUAUAAUGAGUACAAAUGCUUGCUCAAUGUUGGUGCAGCUAUUAUUGAUGGCGGGCCUAAACUAUUUUCGAAGAUGAAUCAUUUCAAAAUUCUUUACUUGGGAAGGUGGCAGAGAUCAGUCACGCAUCACAUUGAGGUUGCAGAUGCUAAAAUACUCCAUGGACUGAAGAAAAUGAAUCAGUUGAGGUUUCUUAGCCUUCGUGGAAUUUCGUUGAUUACAGAGCUUCCUCAGUUCAUUUCACGGCUUACUAGUCUCAAGAUCUUGGAUCUCAAAGCCUGUCACAACCUUGAGUUGGUUCCAAAUCGGAUUGGUUUGCUAAAAAAUUUGACACACUUGGACAUGUCUGAAUGUUACCUUUUAGAACACAUGCCCAAGGGUAUUGGUUCACUAUCACAGCUCCAAGUCCUUAAGGGGUUCAUCAUUGGAGAUUCCACGGAUGAAAAAUCAUGUACUGUUGAUGAUUUGACGAAAUUGACAAAGCUGAGAAAAUUGAGCAUAUGCAUGAGUAUUACUACCGAAUUCUCAACAAGUAAGCAGCUCGGUUUAGGAAAUUUAGAAACCCUGCAAAAGUUGAAAAUAUCCUGGCCAAGGUACAAUUUACAAGGUGAAACUGAUGACACACCCAAGCAAAAACGAGAACAAUCACAACCACGGUCCAAGCUGACAAGAACAUUCGCAUUCAAGGAAUUGCAUUUUGAAGAUAUCAUGGUACUUCCUUCCUCACUGCAAAAAUUGGAACUCGUGUGUUUCCCUAAAAAGAUUACACUUGGGCAUCUAAUGUUUACCAAUUUGAAGAACCUAAAGAAACUAUACAUUAUAGGAGGGCCAUUAAGUUGUCUAGGUCCAUAAGAGGGUACCGCAGUUGAGAUAUUGAGAUUGAAGUACUUGAGUGAAUUUGAGAUGCAUUGGAGUGAUCUUAGGAUAUUAUUGCCCAACUUGAUUUACGUGGAGAAAGUAGAAUGUCCCCGGCUCACUAGUUUUCCAUGUGAUAAGAAUGGUGUGUGGAUGAGCAACUCGCUGUAAGAAAUGGCAUCACGAAUUUACAAUAAAUUGUACAAUUUCACUAUAUAUGACAAUGUCUUGUGAAAUAGUUUCCUUCUCU